CCUUAGAGAUGAUAAAAAAUAAAGUCGAGAAAAAUUUGGAAGCAGAAGGAGUAAAAGAAAUUAAAGUCAAAGUAUCCGAAGCCAGAGCCGACGGUUAUUAUCACGAGAUUGUGGCUACCGAAGAAAAUUCCGAACUAGCCCCUAACACCAUUCUAGAAGUAAUAAAAAAAGGUUAUUUACUUCGCGACCAGGUCCUUAAAGCCAGUCAAGUAAAAAUAACCGCCCAUAGCCAGAAUCCGAAACAAUUAAUUAAUGAAGUAGUGGAAAAUAUGUCCUUAUUAAUUAUUAUGGUGUCUAAAUUAGAUACUUUUAAUAAUUUUGAUACUGCGAUUUAA